GAUUAUCACCACAAAGGAUUCUCACCAUCUCAAGGAUUCUCACCAUCUCACUGGAUUCUCACCACCUCAAGGAUUCUCACCAUCUCAAGGAUUCACCACCUCAAGGAUUCUCACCAUCUCACGGAUUCUCACCAUCUCCACGGAUUCUCACCAUCUCACGGAUUCUCACCAUCUCAAGGAUUCUCACCAUCUCAAGGAUUCUCACCACCUCAAGGAUUCUCACCACCUCAAGGAUUCUCACCAUCUCAAGGAUUCUCACCAUCUCAAGGAUUCUCACUCAAUCUCAAGGAUUCUCACCAUCUCAAGGAUUCUCACCAUCUCAAGGAUUCUCACCACUUGGGAUUCUCACCACUUCAAGGAUUCUCACCAUCUCAAGGAUUCUCACCACUUCAAGGAUUCUCACCACUUCAAGGAUUCUCACCAUCUCAAGGAUUCUCACCACUAUGAUUCACUUCAAGGAUUCUCACCACUUCCGUGA